AUGCUCCGGCUCUGGCUGGGGCUCCUCGGGUCGAAGCUGCUGCUCUGGGGCGCAGCGAGCGCGGUGUCCCUGGCCGGCGCCACCCUCUUCCUCAGCCUCUUGCAGAUGGUGGCGAGCUAUGCGCGGAAAUGGCAGCAGAUGAGACCUAUUCCCACGGUCGCCCGCGCCUACCCCUUGGUGGGACACGCGCUGGUGAUGAAGCCAAAUGGGAGCGAUUUUUUUCAGCAGCUCAUUCAGUACACAGAAGAAUACCGACAUCAGCCACUGCUUAAACUCUGGAUUGGGCCGGUGCCAAUGGUGGCCUUGUAUAGUGCAGAAAACGUGGAGGUAAUUUUAACCAGUUCAAAGCAAAUUGACAAAUCCUUUAUGUACAAGUUCCUAGAGCCAUGGCUUGGCCUUGGGCUCCUCACAAGUACUGGAAACAAAUGGCGUUCCAGGAGAAAAAUGUUGACACCCACUUUCCAUUUUACAAUUCUGGAAGAUUUCUUGGAUGUUAUGAAUGAACAAGCAAAUAUAUUGGUUGAUAAGCUUGAAAAACAUGUUAACCAAGAAGCGUUUGACUGCUUUUUUUACAUCACUCUUUGUGUUUUAGAUAUAAUCUGUGAAACAGCCAUGGGGAAGAAUAUUGGUGCUCAAAGCAAUGAUGAUUCCGAAUAUGUCCGUGCAGUUUAUAGGAUGAGUGAUAUGAUACAUCGGAGAAUGAAGAUGCCCUGGCUUUGGCUUGACUGUUGGUACCUUAUGAUUAAAGAAGGAUGGGAACACAAAAGGAGACUGAAGAUCCUACAUACUUUCACCAACAAUGUCAUUGCUGAGCGGACCAAUGAAAUGAUGGCAGAGGAAGAAUGUAGAAGUAUGAACAGGGACCCUGCUCCCUCCAAAAAUAAACGCAAGGCUUUUCUCCACCUGCUUUUAAGUGUGACUGAUGACAAAGGGAACAAGCUAAGUCAAGAAGAUAUUCGAGAAGAAGUUGACACCUUCAUGUUUGAGGGUCAUGAUACAACUGCAGCUGCUAUUAACUACUCCUUAUACCUGCUGGGUUGUUAUCCAGAAGUCCAGCAAAAAGUGGACAAUGAACUGGACGAAGUGUUUGGGAAGUCUGAUCGCCACGCUACCUUGGAAGAUCUGAAGAAGCUAAAAUACCUCGAGUGUGUCAUUAAGGAGACUCUUCGUCUUUUUCCUUCUGUCCCUUUUUUUGCCCGGAGUCUUAGUGAAGAUUGUGAAUUGGCGGGUUUCAGAGUAGUGAAAGGCACUGAAGCAGUCAUCAUCCCAUAUGCAUUGCAUAGAGAUCCCAAGCACUUCCCAGAUCCCGAGGAAUUCCAGCCAGAACGGUUCUUUCCUGAGAAUGCCCAAGGACGUCAUCCAUAUGCUUAUGUGCCCUUCUCUGCUGGACCCAGAAACUGUAUAGGUCAAAAGUUUGCAGUGAUGGAAGAAAAGACCAUUCUUUCCUGUAUCCUGAGACAUUUUUGGGUAGAAUCCAACCAGAAGAGAGAAGAACUUUGCCUGGCAGGAGAGUUGAUUCUUCGGCCAACAAAAGGCAUCUGGAUCAAGUUGAAAAGGAGAAAUGCAGAGAAAUCCUGACUGCGUUCUCAUGCUGAGCUAAUGCCAUGAAAAAGCUCGUUGCAUAGGAGAACCUCGGAGUUCACAACUUAUAGAUCGUGUGCUUUGUACUCAGAAUCCCCAGACCUAAUGU